AUGGCUGAGAUUGAGCUAACUCUGAAGAAAUGGCCAUGCCACUUCAUCUCGGUACAGUUGUGUUACGUUGAGGGCUACAAUGGAGGCUUAUUUAAAGCUGUUGUGAAAAAUACUGGUGGGAUUAAGUUUUCAGCAACCAAGCUGGCAACAUGUGAUGAAGAGGCUGACAACCCAUAUAUGGAGGAGGAGAGUGCAUUUGAAGCACUGGAAAAAGAUUUCCAAGAAGUCAUCAGUCUUCUUAAGGGAGAUAAAACUCUGGAAAAAUUCUGUAUAGAAUAUGAGAAGCUCUAUGCUAUUAUGAAGAAGUCUCAUGAGAAUGAAAAGCGUCUCAUGGAGAAAUGCAGGGCGCUGAAUGCCGAACUUGUGGCGAAUUCAUCUAAAGUGGCUGUACUCACAGAGCUCUCUAAAGAUGAUCAGGAAACAAUAUCAUCAUUGAAGGAGGAACUUGAAAAGGCCUGGAAAAUGGUGGACAGAGCCUAUGAAAAGGAGCAGGAAGCCAAAGAAACUAUUAAAUCAUUGAAAAAGAAAAUUGCCCACCUCAGUAAGUUAGUGGAGGAAGGAUCUGGAUCAUCUCUGGGACAAGACAAUAUCCAGGAUUUGCUAAAACAUAAAGAUGAGAUAACAAAGGAGCGUGAUCAACUGCUGUCAGAGGUUGUGAAGUUACGUGAAAGACUAACUCAAGCCACAGAACAGCAGCAGAAUGCAGAAAGGGAAAAAAAUGAGGCACAUCAAUCCAUUAAGCAGCUUCAGCAGGAAAUACAGCUGCGACAGACUGAGGCAUCACAAGAGGCCCGAAAGAAGGUAAAAAUAGAGCGGGAGCUGAAAAAUCUUCAAGCUGAAAUGGAUAACAAGCAAGCUGAGAUCAAGAAUUUACAGCAACAUAUAGAGAAGAGCAAAGAGGAACAACUGAAAAUGGAACAUCAUCUGAAAGAGCAGAAGAUCUUGAAUGAAAAAGCUGACAAGGAACUCGAGCAACUUCAUACAAGAUACAGUAAGCUCAAGCAAGAGAGAGAGCAUCACAAUGUGAUUCUUGAACAGGUGCUGCAGGACAUCCAGCAGAAGACAGCAGAACUGAAAGCCAGAGAUGAAGAAGUGAUUCAGGUGCACACUGAAAUUUCAAAGCUGAGCAAAGUAAGAGAUGUUCUUCAGAAUAAGCUGCGUGUGGCUGAGGAACAAAAAGUUGAUGCAGAACAUGAGAGAAACAACCUAAAAAAUCAAAUAGCUGGACUAGAGAAAGACUUGGAGGCUGCCAAAAAGCAGGCAGAGAUUGACAAGAAAGCUGUGGAUGAGCUUGUGAGGGAAAAGGAUAUACUAAACAAGAACUUGGUCAAGGCUACCACUGCCACUCAGAAGCAGAUAAACUUGGUGAAGCUGCAUGAGCAGUCCAAGAAGAUCCUGGAAGGAGAAAUCCAAAAUUAUAAGAAGGAAGCUCAGAAGCAAAGGAAGAUUAUUUACCAGUUGGAGAAGGAAAGAGAUUGUUUCAUCAACGAAAUCAGUGAGCUCAAACAGAAGGUCCUCCAGCACCUGAAAGACAGAGAAAGAUGUGAAAUACAGAUCUGUGACUAUGAGAAGAAAAUAAAGGAGUCUGAGAUUAAUUUAAAACAGCAACAAACUGAAUGUGAAACUGUGACAACAGAGAGGAACCUGUACAGUCAACACCUGAUUGAAGCUAAGGAGGAGAUAGCAGAACUGACGAACAAACUGAAAACAGUGACAAUUGAGGUGGAGCAGCUGAAAGAGGAGAUCGCGAACAAGGAAGCAGCCCUUGUGAAAGCACAGGAAGAUCAUAAGCAAAUAGAGAAGGAGAAGGAAUCGAUGAAAGAUGAACUGCUUAAAACAAAAAGUAAGGCUCAGGAUACCAAACGCUUCAUAGAAAAUCAGGAAGCAGAAGAGAGAAGACUCCUAAAAAUCAUUGCUGAAGCUGAUGCUGAGAGGUUGAAGCAGAAGAAGGAAAUUGACCAGGUUAUCAACGAGAGAGAUAUCCUAGGAUCUCAGCUAGUUCAGCGCCAUGAAGAAGCAGCUCUGCUCUAUGAAAAGAUAAAAAUACAGCAAUCCAUCUUAAACAAGGGUGAAGCCCAGUACCGACAGAGAAUGGAAGACAUGCGGCUUCUCAAGCUGGAGAUCAAGAAACUCCGUCAUGAGAAGGGAAUACUUGGCAAGACUGUUGCGUGUGUGGAGGAGCUCAGACAGGAGGUUCAUCACAUGCAGAAGGAGCUAUUAAGGGAACAGACUCGGUGCAAAGUUUUGGAAGAAGAACUGGAGAAUCCCUUGAAUGUUCACAGAUGGAGAAAACUAGAGGCCAGUGACCCAGGUACUUAUGAACUGAUUCAGAAAGUACAGAGACUCCAGAAGCAGCUUAUCAGCAAGACAGGUGAAGUGAUAGAGAAAGAACUGCUCCUUCAGGAAAAGGAGAAGCUGUAUGUGGAACUGAAGCGCAUCCUGGCCCGGCAGCCUGGCCCUGAAGCCGCAGAACAGUUGCAGCUCUACCGGCGCACUCUCCGAGAGAAAACUAAACAGCUCAAAGUUUUGUCCUCAGAGCUGAAUAUGUAUGAAUCACAGAGCCAAGAAUACAAACAUGAAAUUGAAAGACUUGCCAACGAGCUUCAGAAUGUGAAGAAGAAAUAUCUGUCUCAGAAACGCAAGGAACAACAGGCCAAGGAGAAGGAGCAGUUCAUGACUGACGCGAAACCUCAGUUUCCACACCACAAGUCUGAUGUUCCUCGCUUCGUUGGAGGGGGCUUUGCUCUCAGCAGACCUCUGCCCAAAGUUACAGCUUAG